GAAAGGCAGAUAAACCGUAGACAGACCGCGCUGCCACGCCGUCAAGGUGCAUGCCAUUAAUCUAUCGCAUGCUACCACUACCACUACCGCCAAUGCCGCCGCUACUGCUGCUACUGCUGCUGCUGUUGCUGCAAGUAUGCAAGUAUGUGUGCUCCGUAGUAGCUGCAUCUGUCUCAGUCCGUCUGUCUGUUAUUGGUGUUGUCUCAGUCUGUCGGGCAUGCCUGCCCGCCCGCCCGCCUCUCCGUCCCUCCAACCGUGAAACCAGCCGUCUAGCCCAUACGCCGAUAGAAGAGAAAAGUGGAAAAAGAAAACCCUAGUAGUGAUCCCGGGCGCCCUGUUAACAGCCAGCCAGCUGUUUCUGUGUGAGGGUGCCAUGACCUUGCGCUUCGCCGUCCAACGCCGCGUCGUAGUAGAAGAAAAACGGUAAGGUGCUGU